ACGUGGUCAAUAUUUACGGAAGUGGUGCCUGUCAUUUCUGUCGCGUCACGUAAACAUCGGCGAUUCUUCACUUGGUUUCACUCGGUUUCACUCGCGCAGACGGGACGCCUGCUCGGCUCUCACGUGGCUUCACGUGCAGCUCUGCUCACGUGCGAGCUGCUACGAGGCACGAGCGGACCGACGUCAGCUAACACAGCGAGCUAGCUUGAAACCGAGCCAACAACAACAACAACAACAACAACUGCAGCAACCUUCCAGGGGCGACAUGGUUGUCUCGUUGUGAGCGCGCGGGAGGGCGUCCGUCUGAAGUCGUUUGCAGGAUACUUUUAAUUAAAACGUUAUCGCGUAUUUUUGAGUUUCCGGGACACGUUAACGAAAGCUAACCUAGCUAGCAUCAUGGGAGCCGAACAGAGUGGAGACGCGGAGCACAAACACUCCGACUACAGCUCAGCGGUGGUGCCGUCUCCGGCGAAGCAGAAAGCCAAGAUGGACGAUAUCGUCGUCGUGGCUCAGGGGACCCAGUCGAUGCGGAAUAUCCACAACGACCCGGAUGUCAUCAAACUUCAAGAGAUACCCACCUUUCAGCCACUUCUAAAAGGAGUGCUGAGUGGCCAGACGUCACCCAGCAGUGUGUGUCUGGAGAGGCUCGAUGCUGCCCAGGUUCUGCAGCUCUGCCUCCGCUACCAGGACCACCUGCACCAGUGUGCCGAGGCCGUGGCCUUCGACCAGAACGCCCUGGUGAAGAGGAUCAAAGAGAUGGACUUGUCCGUGGAAACGUUGUUCAGCAUAAUGCAGGAGCGCCAGAAACGCUACGCCAAGUACGCCGAGCAGAUCCAGAAGGUCAACGAGAUGUCCAUGAUCCUGAGACGCAUCCAGAUGGGCAUCGACCAGACGGUGCCGCUGAUGGAGCGCCUCAACAACAUGCUGCCCGAGAGCGAGCGCCUGGAGCCCUUCAGCAUGAGGCCUGAUGGGGAAUCUGCCACCAAGUAGCCCCCCCCUUAAAGCCAACACGGCUGCAUCCAGUCCUUCAGGGCCAGGAGGCAGUGCAGGUCUGUCCAGCUGUGGGGGAUAAGCUCGUAAAGUUUUAUUUUUUGGGGGUUUGCAGAGUAGACGUACAGCGGAGGUGUAAAUGUGUGAGGCUGCACUAGUCGGACAGUUCUUUUACUUCGUGCUGCUAAACACGCGUUCUUUAUCAGCGACAUCAUACUUACUAUUGCAUACUUGCUCAACACACUCACGCUUUCAUACACCUCACCACAGCCCUCUGCUCCCUGGCCACUGAGCAGCUCCACUGGUGCAGUUGCCAAUUUAUGAAGGGCUGCAAUCAAAUUCAGAGGGCUCGGAGAGCAUUACAUCUCCCCCUCACUGAGGGGAAUCUAACUGGCAAUCUUCCCAGGCACACACUUCCCCUUACCAAUCCCAAGGCAGGGGAGGAACAAACACUUUUGAUUGAGUAGGAAUGAACUCUGUGUGUUUUUUAAAAACUCGUCCCGCAGGUUUUAGGAACUCAAAUGUGUGUGAGCGAGACGUAAAUGUUUUUUUUUCUGGUGCUUUGGUGGGAGAUUUUUGCGCAAACCUCCCGGGAGCAUCAGAGCCGCUCACCUCUUAAGUGCUGUGCGUUGAUUUUUGAUCAAAUAUAUGUCUUUUGUGAUCCUGAUAUUCCUCUCGCUCCCAACGCCGGGUGUCUCGCAGUUCAUGGAAGAUCCCUUCCAGGAACUGCCUGCAUGCAGAUGGGACUGCUUUUAAUUUUUUUCUGAACAAUAUCGUCGCACCAUUUUUGGAAUAUUAUGGCGGAUUAUUGCCGUUGGAUUACACGCGCAAGAAUUGGACGUACUGUAAAUAUAUCCUCAUGAACUUCAGUUUUGUGAUGAGAAGACUUGACUUUUAAUUUAUUUUGGAUUCUACGACACAGUGAUGGACGUGUCACUGCAUUAAUAACUGUGUGUGUGUUAGCUUUGUCAUCGUACGUGCCAAAGAUUCACAAGUCCUCAGUUUUCGUAAAUAAUAAACGGCCCGAACAGUC